GCAGAUAUUGAAAGAGAAUUAGAAAUGAAUUGUUACAAAAGCUUAGUGAUAUAUUUUGUUGUGAUCACUUCUUUAUAUGGGAACAAAAUACUGUUUGAAUUGGAAGCUCAUCAAAGAGAAGGUAAUCCUGGCCAACCUUUGUGGUUCUACGUCCGGUUCUCUGCAAAUCUUUUCCUCGAUGAAACGAAAUCUGUAUUUUACGCCCAGGUCAUCUCCCACAAUCCACUAAAAACUGUACAGUUAUGCCUAACACCUGAAUCCGAUCAUCAGAAGUUACCACUUGAGCUCCAGGACGGAACAUUGAUAGCUGUGCAAGCUCCUAGAGAAUACAGGAAUGUUCGUAUAUUUCAAUUUACGAUAGCUGAAGAGGGCAAUUACUCUGUGUAUGUCAGACCGCAAUUGACUCAUACAAAGAAACUGAAGAUGAAGAACUUAGCAUCCGUGAACAUUACAAUCUCAAGUCAGUUUGGUGGCAAGGAAUGCCUGGAGACUGCCUCCUUCAGUGUCAAUGAUGUGGAUGCCGUGACCAUUGCAGCUGGAGAAACAAUGUUGAACCCAGCCAGCCCAACACACCUCAAGCUGACUUUCAAGCGUCGUUCGUGUCUCUUUGACAAAAGCACUACGUACACCUGGAGCGUAGAAAGCGUCUUCUACGUGAGGUCCAAGGCUGGAAGCAUUCCAAGAUGUAUCAAUAACAAGAGAGUCGGGAUAGUCGAUCUGACCAAAUUGUAUUCUAGAAUCACUGGCCUCACAUUACCAGUGGCUAUGAACAAGCCCACUCUGUUCAUCCAGCCUUAUACCUUAUCCCCCGGAACAACAUACCGUAUUUGUGUCUUGUUACAGCAGAAUAAAACAGAGCGUAUCCUGUGCACAUUGAUAGGCACAAACAGCACUAAGACGAAGGAUCUCUUGUUUGUCAAAAUGGAUCCGCCCAUGAACAUCUUCACGUUAUGGCCCACCGACCUGAUUUUCAACGCUUCGAAAUCCUUCUUCCUGUACUUGCUGGACGAGGCUGGAUACAUGGGGAAGAAAACAAUUACAUUCUCUUGGAGUUGCUCAGGCAAUCAAAACUGCAAUAACAUAAAAAGUCACUUCAGUAUUAACUCGGGUGGGACAGAUGUUGAAGUAACGGGUAAUCUUAUAACCAAUAAAGCUAGUUCUAUAAUCAUAAGAAGACUAUGGCUGCAGCCAGCAUCUCUUCUGAAGAUCAUGCUGAAUGUCUCGGUUAAAUAUCAGAUGCAAGUUAUCAGCAGGAUGGUCGGGUGGACCAUUAAAAUUCCAGAGCGCUACAGCGGACCGGAGGUCAUCCCGCAUGUAUUUAUAAGAUGUUUAUCCAACUGUCAGUACUACGUCAACGUCAGGCAUCCCCUCAGGCUUGGGGUCGGCUGCCGUAACUGUGAGGAGGUGACCUCCAGAAGUGUUGAACUCAAAUGGUCGAGUACGAAACCAGGUGGGCACAUCUUCAACGAUACUCAAAUGUAUGCAACUAUCAAGGUUGAGCCGACAGUCAAUCUGACAGAAUUCCGAGUCACUCUUACUUUCAGUUACUUUCACAGAGCUGAGAAAAUUGAGUCAGUUGCCAGUCGCGACUUCCUUACACCCGGCCUCACAAAUUUCAGCGUCCAGACCACCAGGUCGCAUAGGAUGAUCACCACGUUGUGGGAUGAUUGGGGAAGAACGGCACAAUUCAGUGAGCCCUCCAGACAACCCAACCAGGAGGUCUCCACGUCUCUUUUUCAGGAGCUGUCCAGAAGUAGAGUCACUUUGUCCAGUAACAACACCGCCGUGCCGCAGAGUAUUCAUCAGAGGGUCACUGCAACGCAACGCAAUCCUGUUGGUCAGUUAGUAACUGAAAUAACAACAGAUCGAUUUCGACUCAUCUUUCGACCAUACGAAGUUAAAUCUGCUGCAUUGAAUGUAAUCUUCCCUUUAAUCUACGUUUUAAAUGUAACAACUCACCUUGUAUUGGGUCAAGGCACAGGUGCCAACGGAUUUCAGAUACUGACGACAUCAUCUCUAGAUUUCUAUCUGCCCUUGAACUUGGCUCCAACAGUGAACCUGAAGACGGUGUCAUCGUUUGGGCUGUACCUGUCGGACUCUCAAGAUGUCACAAUACCCUUGAACUCAGACCUAAAAGUGACAAACCUUUCUGAUGCAUUCCACAAAUAUUUCAGCAACAAUGAUGCAGACAUUACCCAGCUCUUGUUUCUUCUCUGCCAAAUGAUAGACAGUGACCUUGACAUCUCUUCACAAAUAAAAUAUGUAGAGUCCAUCUAUAGACAUCUGAUUGACCCACAGCACAACCUUGUGGACUACAGCAACUUUACAGUGGUGCUCUUCUUAAUGAAGAGAUUGUUUUAUCUUUUGCAGAAACUGAUUGGCUGGGGACAUUUAAAUUUAUUUUCAUUUUGCGACAGUUCGACUUACUUUUUAAAAAUUAUUCGCAAGAUUCUAGACAUGCAUAAUGAACAUCUGGACGUGCCUAUAUACGAUUGUUCUAAAAUUUAUUGGCAGAUCAUCGAUAUACUUGAUGAUAUCAAACGGAAUUGUGACGCUGCAUACAAACGUAACGUACACUACUUACAGGCUUUCAACAUUGGUACGGACAUCUUUAUCAUACUUGACAUAGCACUUCAACAUUGCCCUUUUAGACUAAACCAAUUGUCCCCCUUAGCAGACUCCAUUGUAGAAUGCUGCAGUUUUGAUUCCAGCCAGAAACGAGUGUUGAGAAUCGGCAGUACACAUGCUUAUGGCUACGUCUAUGUGGAGACGCACACCUACAGCCUGCUCAUCAAUGACAUAUCAAUCGACCCCUACAUCCAGAUGGCGGUGUAUGGGUCACAUGAAUCCUCGCUGUCGUCACGUAUUGGAGAUUUGGAAAUAAACGCCCCAGUAAUUAUGAUAGUUAUUCAACAGUUAUCUCCAUUGGACUAUUUCCUUGAAGAAGUCUACUGGGAAAUCUUCGAUAUCAGACUUAUACCUAAACCUUUGACUUUUGACCAUAAGACGUUUAGAAUUAAGCUACAUACUGGACUCAACAGACUCGGAAAUCGGGUUGUGGUAGACAGUGACUGUCUGUUACUUAAGUUUAACGCCUCGGUUAUGUUUGGUACUCAGCUCUUUCUGCGGCCCUCUCUGGACAUGAUAUACACGGUGUCGCCUAUCAUCGUCAGAUCUACCCGCGAAACGCUGGACAUCAUGGACAAAGGCUACGUGGAAAUGCCCCGGACUUAUAAUGAGACGUUACGCAAUAUCACUGGCGACCCCACCUCUCUGUUCCUGCCACAACUUCCACUAGAAUAUCUGCUGGCCAAAGACACGAAAUUCUAUUUGUUGAUUCGGGUGAAAGAGAGACAUGUUGUGAAAGGGAACGACUUGUUGAAAUUAACGGUCUUCUGUAAGCGGGUCACGUGUGGCCGGUGGUCAAGCGAAGACAAGUCCUGGACAGCUAGAAACUGCAGGCCCAGCAAUAUGUCAAUGCUGACACCAGAAUACAUCAACUGCAGAUGCGAUACAGGGCGCAUCUUCUCUGGAGGCGUUGAAGAUUGCUCCAGCUCAAUGGAGGUGCCAUGGAAAGACUAUGCCGUCAUGAAGACCCAAUGGGAUGGAGACCCAAACACGCAAUCAACUUACUGGUAUUACGUCAUCUUUGUCUGGAUAGUCUUCCUAGCACUGCUCGUAUGGACAUACCGCAGGGAUAGGCUGGACAGACCAAUGGGAGCUGUUCAUGUGCUGCCUGGGUUGUUUACGCCCUACCAGUCCGAUCAGUAUUUGGUGUGCAUAGUGACCGGCUGGAUGUUUGGUGCCGGCACCUUAUCGACGCCCCUGCUCACAAUUACAGAUAACGAGGAGUGCGGCAUUUACUUACUAUUUCCCGAUCAGAACUUGUUUCAGAGUGGCUCAGAGAUUUGGUUUCUACUUUCGUGUCCAGAUAAUGUCCAAAAUUUAGACAAAAUUAUAUUCUCUGUUGGCUCUGCCCACUACGCAGACGAUUGGCACGUUUCCCAUAUCUUUAUGAAGCAUCUCAAUCGGGAUGAAGAGCUCUACUGCAUUUGCGACUCUUGGAUACCAGACCUGUCUAACGGGUUCAGAUUUAUUGUGCGGCCAGUAACUUGGACACAAGGUUCAGCAGUUAGAAAGUUUGUCUUCAAUGUCAUAAGGAUGUUCCGAACUCUACAUGUCUUUAUAGGAACAUUCUACAACGUCCCGGGCAGUCAUUUUAGCAAGUCCCAGCAUGCACUUUGCCUGCUCUUCCAUAUCAUCCUGAACCUGUUCGUCUGCCUGUCCCUCGCAGAAGACGCCAAACUUGACUUGCAAGGAGACAGAAACACUAAGAAAAAUGAGAGGGCGGCCGGAAACUUUUCCACGCUUUUCAUCUUUAGCGUUACGGUGACGUCACUGUUAUCAUUCUCAGUAGUAGCCUGGUUCGAAAUGUUGGAUUAUUUAUCUCUGACUCGUGCGAAGUUAAGAUAUCCUCACGACAUCAACUACAGAAACAAAGUCACUAGCUCCGCCAGUAGCCUAGCGAGUGGAAACCAUCUCAAUAAUAUCAGCCAAAAAAGCAGCACUGUAUAUAGCAGAGGCUAUUUGUCUUCCAAGCCAGAUAGAAGCAGCAAUGUUGACAAAAACGCAUCGUCGUUCAGCAAAGACUGGUUGCCCACAGCCAACUUGGACAUCAGCCAGAACAAAGGUUAUCCAGGGUGGGGAGGAUUUAGCCAAAGCGAUCACCAGAGCGACGUGACAUCCGAGUCAACGUUUGCAAGCGGGAGCACCCCGAGCAUAUUGUCAGAAAGAGCCAGGCAGUUGACGAAAUCGUUGUUGGCCAAACCAAGGAUGGACUCUAGGAGAACAGCCUUAAAAAAGCGGACUAUGGUUCAGGUGGAAAACUACUUCAAGCUCAGGGAGCUGGAGAGAACGUUCCUAGGAUCUAAAGUGGACAUCCAUGCGGACGCGGAAUCAUUGGCUGGCACUUUUUCCGACUUCAUGGACAACUUGGGUUUAGCAGAGGAUGUUGCAUUCCGAGCUAGCUUCAGGAGCUUCCUACCGAAUCUACUUCAGCUGAUCUCCAACUUGCUCUUGCUCUCGGUCACCCUAGUCCUGAGCGUCCGGCUGAUCUACGCCAGUCUGAGCUUAAAGGACAACAGCCGCGUGAAGGCGCUCUUCUGGAUGACCUUGCCCUUCUCGCUUUGCGUGGUCCACCCCAUACUGAUCCUCAUCCUCACGGCUAUGUUGACCAAUAGGGAUUUGAUCGGAAUUAGCCUGAACGCAGAGAGACGACUCAGAGGCAUAAAUUCGCAGUUGGUGUUCCACAUGAAAAUGGCUAGCCAGUGCUACGUAGAGAAAAGUCGCUACGUCCCGAAAAACCGUUGCUACUUCCGUAAGAAUAAAAAAGAUCGACACAGAAGAUAUUGCCAGUUUUUCGUAAAGGCAGGUAACUCAUUUAUUUCCUUUCUAACUCACUCUAUGAAAUACGGGGCCGUGGCGGACGCCCUUGGUAUAUUCAGCGUGACCCAUUUCUCCAAGAGGAAAUCUCAAUUCAUAUUCAUCGUCCUGGUAAUCGUGGUCAUCAAUGUCCAGCUAGGGUCAGUUCGUGACCGUUACAUGCAGACUACUUUCAUUCGCCGCCUGCUCCAAGUGGGAAGAAACGAAAUUACGUUAGAGCAGAGUCUGACAGUGGCCGAUGUCUGGAGUCACAUAAGACAGAGACUCUAUUUAAUGACCCACUGGAACCUGGUCGACAUCAACACUACCGCCAGUUUCCACGUGCUGUCCAGUGCAAGACUUCGACAGGUCCGAGUCAUACACGACGAUGCUACUUGUAAGAAUCUUCUGCCAGUGAACGACACUCAGUACUGUCACUACGACAUAGAACAAAGUAUUGUAGAUACCAAGACGUACGCUUGGACCUGGAUGAGACCUAUCCAGCGUACAACUAGUCCUGGACCCUUUAGCUUCACAGAAGGUGAACACUUCAGCACUUUGAUUCACAGUUACCCUGGAGGCGGAUAUGACGUCAUCUUCACUCAUAGCGACAGAAUUCCAGUCAAAAUUGACCAGGUCAACAGUCGAAUGUGGGUGGACGAGAGAACAAGGGCAAUCAAAGUCGACAUGGCUUUGUUUAACGCGGACACUCAGCUAAUGACCUCGGUCAGUCAUGUGUACGAGUUCACAGGUGCUGGAAUAUUUCAGAAUACCCUCAGGGUCUACACAUUUCCCCUCUACUAUCUGCACAACACACAGGAAGUACUGCGCAUGUGUUAUUUCUUCAUGGUGCUACUAACAUUGUAUUUUGCAGUCAAGGAAAUCAUUGAAAUACGAACUUCUGGGAUCUGGAAUUAUUUUAGCGACCCAAUGUCUUGGUUAAACUUACUUGAACGUGGGACUAGCAUUACCGUCAUUGCUGGGUUUACAUAUGAAUACUUUUAUAGAUCAAACGCUAUUCAAAAAGUCAAGACUUACUUCUCCACCAGAGAAGAGCAAAGAGUUUACUUUGACUUCAGCGACAUCUCCAACAUCGCCAUCUUCAUCACCCAAAUGUGCUGCAUUCUGGCAAUCGUCACAUUUAUCAAAAUACUCCUAAAGACAUCCACGUUCGCCUCCGUGUCCAAGUUUUUGGAGCUCAUUCCUCCGGUGCUAAAAAACAGUUAUCUGGUGGUGAUGGCCGUCAUUACGUACGCCUGUUUCGGAUUUUUCAUCUUCAGUGAAGAUGGCCACUUCUACACCUUCACCAAGUCCGUCUACUCGGUGACCGAGUUGUUAUUGAACCCUGGGCUGCUGAAAUCCUUGAUCAGGACCUACCAGGUCAUCGCCCCUGUCUACAUCACGGUGACUGUGUCCGUCAUGAAAUACGUUCUCAUCAACUACUUUAUCACGUUCCUCAAUGAGGAGUACUCCCGGAUAUGCACGGCCAUGCGCAUGCGCUUUGAAGGCAAGAAGGCCUUCCUGCUGGAAGAGGUGAUCAAGUACCUGACCAGAAAGCAGAAGACUCAGGCCGUGGACUCAGGGGAGACAAGAGACGCCACUAGGAAAGAAGGGAAGCAAGCGAGACAGAUAUUGGAAGACAUGCUGGAAGAAGCUAAAAGUGAUUUCGACCUGGUCAAGUGGGCUAACGCAUUGGAAGAUCGCAAUCCAGUUAUCACUUAGUCUUUUUGAGAAACGAAUCUGGCAGAACAUUUUGAUAAUUGAUUAUUAGAUAGUGGAAACAUUUCUAAAUGAAGUGCAUAAGUAUCCAAGAGACCAACGUUUAUGAUCAAGCUCGGGUAUGGUUCUCUAAAAAGACAUUCGCUUAGUAGCCUACAUGUUUGUCUUUAUUCAAGAUGUAGCAAUCGUGUAUACUUAGAUUCCGGAUCCAUUCUUCAAAGCCGGCUCUAGAGAAGAUGGUAAAGGGGGGAGCGGGGCGGCUCUGAAGGAGAUAUAGAAAUGCAGGGCAUUUAUUUUUAUUAUUAUUUUUAUUUUAUUUUUGUUUUACUCUGCGCGGGAUUCUUUUCAGCCGCGGUGCUUUAGGGGGUCUCCCAGGGUCUGUCAGCUCUACUCACUUUAAAAGUCGUUAUUAGUCCAAUUUUUAAAUUAUCACUUUCGUUAUAAAUUUUUUGCUUGUAACUUUGUUUCGAUUACAGUAAUUAUGUUAUUAAUUUUAAAAAAUCAA